UGAGAAUUGUAGGAAAAGAUAAAAGAACACAAGGACAAUGAAACUUUUAAUAACAAUUGUUUUUUUUAUUCUUCUGUGCUGCCAGAUUGGUCAUGCUUUGCAGUGUUACACAUGUGCUCUUGGCAACUGUGUAACUUUAACAUGUCCACCCGGGCAGGUCUGUGGUAAAGUGGUUUCCAAUGAUGGAACUGUUAAGGCUUGCCUACCACAAGAUACCUGUGGUGUUUCAGAACAAGGAAUAACAACUUAUUGUUGCUCCACCGACCUCUGUAACUCGGCUGUAUCUGCCAAGAUGUCCAUUGUCACUGUUAUUGCCACCCUUGUGACCCUGUGGGUAACUAAGCAGUGAUGCACACUGUGAAUAUCUCAACCAAAGGAACAUCUGAGUUUGGAGAAAGAAAAUGAAUGAAUCUCUUUACCCAUAUCAUUUGUAAAACCUCUCCUUCCCUGUACAGUCUCUUGUGGCAUCUCAUGCUUCCAAUCUGGAUAACUCUUCUCUCUCCAAAUGUUACAAUUAAAAUUGGAAUCAA